AUGUCAUUGCCUAAGAGGCAUGAUGCGAUCGAGUAUCCUCAACACAGUCGUGAUGCAUAUCGAAGACCUAGGCGCAACCCUCAAGAUGAGGAAGUCGGACACUAUUCACCUGCACCAUCGUUAUCACAGGUGCAUCAAAGAGAAAAUCCUAACAGUCCCUCAGUAAAUGCAGGUGGUUUUAGCUCGAUUGCCGGAACAAAUUCUGUCGCAUCAGAGCUUGCUUACUCCGGCGCGAAAUCACCAGUCUCUCAUGAGAUAGGUAGAAAAAGGAGCUUGAUUCGGCCAGAGAGAAAUCGAAUCGAUUUGAAACAUCCAAAUUACCACUAUCGUCAACAUGCAGUUAACAUGAGUGUCCUACCCUCAUCAACUGGCAAUGAUCCCAUUCUAGAAAAAAUGGACAGGGAAGGAGAUGCGUCGGAAACUGCUUGGCAAGGUAGCUCAAUUGAGAUUGACUCAGAUAAGCUUGUUAUUCCAAAGGAAAUUAGAGUCAAAGGAACAAGACCAGUAAACAGCGAAAAAGAUGAGAAAGAGGGAAUCCCGUCGAGAAAUCCCACAAAGCUAAAACGGCGACAGAAAUUGACGAAGGAAGAAAGAGAAUUUCAAAAGCAAAUCGAUGCUGUAAGUCCGCCAAGUCUAUGGAACGUAUACUGUGCUACUGUGACCAUAUGGUGUCCAGACUUUAUUCUCAAAAUAUUCGGCAAGCCGGCAAAGGCUCAGCAGAGAGCGUGGCGAGAAAAGAUGGGCCUCAUUAGCAUUAUACUACUCAUUAUGGCAUUUGUUGGGUUUCUUACUUUCGGCUUCACUGAAACUGUUUGCAAAAAUCCAGCUCUUCGGCUUCGCGUCAAUCAUAUAGAUAGUGGAUUUAUGAUUUUUCACGGAAGCGCGUAUGAUUUGUCUAAGUCCAGACAUCCUGCUGCAAGAGGUAUCCCAAGUGGCUCAAAUGUACUCUACGAUCUUCCUGAAAAACACGGGGGUCAAGAUGGUAGUUUCCUAUUCCAGAAGGUCAACGGGAAAUGCAAAGGUCUGAUCACCCGAAGUGAGGGUUCCGAUAUUCCGACAAAUAAUGCGAAAGACCUAGCUUGGUAUUUUCCGUGCCAAACCUUCAACCAAGACGGGUCCAGUUCUGCUGAUAAAAACAUACCUCAAUACCUCGGGUAUUCGUGUCAUACGAUUGGUAGCGCACGAGAGGCAUUUUAUGAUCUUCAAAGCGUUGGCGACGUCUAUUUUACUUGGGAGGAUAUAAAGAAUUCGUCGAGAAACUUGAUAGUUUACUCUGGUAAUGUUCUCGAUCUUGAUCUUCUCAACUGGUUCAAUACUUCUCAGGUCACUAUUCCACCAAGAUUCCAAGAGCUUAGCAACAGGGGUAGUCUCCUCAAUGCGGCAGUUCACGGUAGAGAUGUAACUCAUUCCUUUCAAACCAAAACAGACAAGCAGAUGGCUCAAUGUUUCGAGCAGAUUAUAAAAGUUGGCUCUGUAGACACAGAAAGCGUUGGCUGUAUCUCUUCAAAAGUGGUUCUCUACGUUUCUUUGGUCUUCAUACUGUCGAUUGUCUUAUCGAAGUUUAUUCUCGCGCUCUUAUUUCAAUGGUUUUUCAGUCGAAAGUUUUCUGCGUCCAAGACAUCACAAUCUUCGGACCCAAAAAAGAGAAAUCGCCAAAUCGAGGAAUGGAGCGAUGACAUACAUCGGGCUCCACCCAAAAUUCCAAGUGAUAUCAGGAGUGCAGCUGUUCAAUCAGAUAGACAGGGCAAGAGGAGUAGUGCAUUUUUACCACGGACAUCUCGUUUCACCAGCCCAUAUGCUGGUGAUAGAAUCUCUAAGAUCGGACGUGCUCAGCCCACGACGAUGGCCAGCCAAACAUCAUCUGCUGCCCUUAUUCCACCAAACUCAGGAUUCAGACAACAGGAUGGAGCUUCUAGUUAUACGACCAGGGAUUCCCAAUGUUACACUACUAGUACUAACGAUUACGAAGGCCCAGGUCCAGCAGGAUUUGUUCAUGACGUAGUUGUACCCCAACCUCCAGCUGAUUGGCAGCCUUUCGGUUAUCCUCUAGCUCAUUCAAUUUGUUUGGUGACGGCUUAUUCAGAGGGAGAACUUGGUGUGCGAACGACGCUUGACUCUAUAGCUAUAACAGACUAUCCAAACAGUCAUAAGACAAUCUUGGUCGUCUGUGAUGGGAUAAUUACAGGUAAAGGAGAGCUCAAAUCCACGCCGGACGUCAUCCUUGGAAUGAUGAAGGAUCACCUGAUACAUCCUGAUGAUGUUCCUGCCUUCUCUUACGUCGCAGUUUCAACUGGAUCAAAGAGGCACAAUAUGGCUAAAGUAUAUGCUGGUUUCUAUGACUAUGGCGCCAAUUCUACCAUUCCCGUUGAAAAGCAACAGCGCGUCCCAAUGAUGUGUAUUGUCAAAUGCGGAACCCCUGAUGAGGCUAGUAAGAGUAAACCUGGAAAUCGUGGCAAACGUGACAGCCAGAUUAUAUUGAUGUCAUUUCUUCAAAAAGUUAUGUUCGAUGAGCGAAUGACUGAGCUUGAAUUUGAGAUGUUCAAUGGUCUAUGGAAGAUCACCGGCAUUUCGCCCGAUUUUUAUGAAAUAGUACUAAUGGUUGAUGCUGAUACAAAGGUAUUUCCUGAUAGUUUAACUCACAUGAUUUCGGCCAUGGUUCAGGAUCCAGACAUCAUGGGUCUCUGCGGAGAGACCAAAAUUGCAAAUAAAAGGGAAAGCUGGGUCUCUAUGAUUCAAGUAUUUGAGUACUUUAUCUCUCAUCAUCUGUCCAAAUCUUUCGAAUCAGUAUUUGGUGGAGUCACUUGUCUACCCGGAUGCUUCUGCAUGUACAGAAUUAAGGCACCCAAGGGAGGCCAGAAUUAUUGGGUUCCCAUCCUGGCCAAUCCCGAUGUAGUGGAACAUUACUCGGAAAAUGUUGUGGAUACCUUGCACAAAAAGAACCUACUAUUGCUCGGGGAAGAUCGUUAUCUAUCUACCCUUAUGCUCAGGACGUUUCCAAAGCGAAAACAAGUAUUCGUUCCCCAGGCCGUCUGUAAGACUACAGUUCCGGAGAGUUUUAGUGUGCUUCUGUCUCAACGUCGAAGAUGGAUCAACUCAACCAUACAUAAUCUCAUGGAGCUAGUUUUCGUGAGAGAUCUUUGCGGGACAUUCUGCUUUAGCAUGCAAUUUGUAGUUGCGAUAGAGUUAAUCGGCACUCUUGUCCUACCUGCUGCCAUUGUCUUUACCUUUUAUGUUGUUACUAUAUCAAUAGUACACUCACCACCGCAGAUUAUACCACUAGUUCUUCUGGCCCUCAUCCUGGGACUUCCAGCUGUCCUUAUCGUACUCACUGCACAUCGAUGGUCAUACGUUGUAUGGAUGAUCAUUUAUCUCUUUUCCCUUCCUAUUUGGAAUUUUGUACUUCCGACCUAUGCAUUUUGGAAAUUUGAUGAUUUCUCAUGGGGAGAUACCCGUAAGACAGAUGGUGAAAAAACCAAAAAGGCAGGCAUCGAGUACGAGGGCGAAUUUGAUAGUAGUAAGAUCACCAUGAAGCGGUGGGGUGAAUUUGAGAAAGAGCGAAGACUGCGAAAUAACGCGGCAAACUUUUCUGGAUUUCCCGGUAAGGAAAGCAUUAGCUCUAGCACUGGAAAUUGGUCAGCGCAUCGACGAGGCAGCUAUGAAGAUGGCUUUUCGGAAAACUUUAACUAA